AUGGAUAUAUACUGCGGUAGCACAGGGUUCGUUACUAUCCCCGCCCAGCAGAUCAAGUCGUUGGUAGCCUUCCAAGCGCUAUCACAUGCGAUAUCACAUGUGGCCCGCAUGACGUAUUUCCCGGAAAGUCCUUCCUUCUCCAAGAUCACAGACGAGUACCUCGACGGGUACAAAACUGUACCUCCGACCAUCACAAGCCGGGAGCUUUCGGCGGACCGCUGUCAUGCGGAUGGACCGAGAACAGCCGAGAAGAAUGUGGCAGCUACUGAUUGUGGUUGA